AUGGCCUACGACGCCCCUUCCCUCAUCCUUGCCGCCUUCUUUGCCGGAGUCGCACUCCCCUUCAUUAUCUACCGCAUCUGGAAAGCUGUCCGUGCCAAUGCCGAUGAGCCCGAGUCCGUCCAAUUCAUCACUACAUAUCUUGACAUGGCCGACUCGAAAGAGACAUAUCCAGGACUAAAGUUAGGCGGCGCGCAACGAGUAGCUUGA